AUGGAUAAGACUAAGAAAGAACAUUGUUACACAUAUUGGGUUAAAAAUGAUCCAAAUCAUCCUAAAAUAGAUUGUUAACCAAAGAAAGUUGAAGAUCCAUCUUAAGUAUAACAAGUACAAAGUAUAGGAUCUUAAUGGAAUGUAUCAGGAACAUGGGAGGAAAAGAAAGUACCAAUGAACGAAAUAAAAAAAUCAAUAGAAAAUAUUAUAGGAGUAUGAAUAAUAAGUUAAUGUCUAUUUAUAGAUGAAGAUUGGUUAAACUAAAAUUUCAGCUGUAGAGUCUGUUGAUGGUGAAGCUCAUCUUUAUUUUAUUUGA